CAGCAGAGUGACCUCGAAUGGUCUCUCCAAGGAAGAGGAAGCAUGCAAAGCAGAGCAGAACGAGGGAUAUAAAAGAGGGAGUCGCGUAGAGAGAGAUAAAGAAAGGCGAGAGCUGUUCUAAGUAUAGGGUGGCUUGUGAAUUCUUAUUGGCGAGGAUCGUAACGGAAAGCAACUGAAUUAACAAUCCUUUUGCUUUUUGGAUUCGGGAGGAACUAACGCUGGCCAUUGGAAUCGAUUUUGCCUUUUUAUUUGAGCAUCUUCCCGAUUUGUCUUUUCCCAGGCCAUAUUUUUCUUUUGGCGGGGCUGGCUAUUUGUAUGGAAGGGCAUGCUUUUCACCAGCCAAUUCAAAGUGGCAUCGUUUCCCUUCCUGGUUUGCAUAACCAGUUCGAUGAUUCUGGAAAUGUGAACCCCAGCAUUCCCUUUCUUUGCCCUACAUCUACGUUGACUGACCCUUUUGUGCCGCCGCUGCCACCCUCCGGGGUGGUGGUUCGUCAUCAUCCAACCUUACCCGCUCUUGCACUGCGCCCUCUGAACCCAGCUCUUUUAAUCAAGGUAGACGAGGAAAGAUCAAUGUCUCUGCAUCAGUUGAUGGCCGAUGAAGGACUUGUACCGUCGCCAGAAGAGGAGUCAAGAAGGAAAGUUGCCAUUCAGAAGCUCAAACAGAUUGUUUUAUCAUGGAUUAAGAAGGUUGCUCAGAAUCAUGGACUUCCCGAGCAUAAAAUCUCUACCACUUCAGCCACCAUAUUGGCCUAUGGAUCUUAUGGCCUUGGAGUUCACAGUCCAGAAUCUGAUAUUGAUGCUCUCUGUGUUGCUCCUUUCUUUGCUUCAAUGUCUGAGGACUUUUUUGUUCAUUUGCAUGACAUGCUUAAAAACAGACCCGAAGUAGCUGAGAUACAGUGUGUUAAGGGUGCAAAAGUGCCUCUAAUGCGGUUUAAGUUUGAUGGAAUUUCCAUUGAUCUACCAUAUGCCCGACUUAAAGUAUUAUAUGUUCGUGAGAAUGUAGACAUAUUAAACCCAUUAUUAAUGAGGAAUAUUGAUGGUACCAGCUGGAAAAGCCUGUCUGGAGUUCGUGCAAAUAAGCAUAUUCUUCAGCUUGUUCCAAAUGUGAAGAAUUUUCAAUCUAUGCUGAGAUUUCUUAAAUUAUGGGCAAAAAGGCGAGGAGUGUAUGGAACUUUACUUGGAUAUUUGGGAGGAGUUCACUUGGCUGUCCUUGCAGCUUUUAUUUGUCAAAGAUAUCCAAACGCCUCCUUGAACGCUCUAAUUAUGCACUUUUUUCAAACAUUUGCAUUUUGGCCCUGGCCUAAACCAGUAAUGGUACAAGAAGGAAUGUUCCCAAUAGUUACAGAUGUUAUGGAGACGCGAUCCUUGAUGCCUAUACAGCUUCCUUCUAGUCCUUAUGAGUAUUGCCAUUCAAAUAUUACUAGAAGCACAUUCUAUCGAAUUAGGGAUGAGUUUCUACGAGGAUGUCAUAUGACAUGGGAUCUUUUUAACUCAGACUUCCAUUGGGAUAGUAUUUCUGAGCCUUUUCCGUAUUCAAAAGAAUAUUCAUUAUUUGCCAAGAUUUACCUCUCUUCUCCUAAUAAAGAUAGUCUUGGAGAUUGGGUUGGCUGGGUCAAGUCACGGUUUCGUUGGCUUCUUCUCAUGUUGGAGGAAAUCCAAGGAUUUUGUGACCCCAAUCCAACAGAAUAUGUGGAUGCUGAGAAAACUGAGUCUAAUGUGGUUUUCUAUUGGGGCUUCCUAGAUGGUAAGGAUAAUGUAAGUGACAAGAUACAAUUGAUAGAGGAGGAGUUCAUGAGUAAUCUUAGCACAUACUGUGAUGUUUCUCCUGGGAAGGUGGAAUUGUCCAUUCUAUUGGCUUCUGAGCUUUCCAAGAGUGCUCUCUCUAAUGAUGAUACUGCAAAGCCUGCAAAGACAUGUUGGAAGAAGAUAACUGACCUUGAUCAGACAAGAAGUCUCCCAGCAUACUCAUAACAGUGUCUUCCACAUCACUUUGCUAACAAAGGCAUCUAAUGGUGGCCACUCUGAGUACUUGGGUUCGAGGGGAUAGAUUUUAAUUUGUUCCAUUUCUCAACUUCCUGUAUAUACCGCAAGUCCUGUAUUUUCUGGUUUCAGUAAUUGCAUAGGUUUUAGGGAAUAGAUGAUACAAGUCUCUGCGUAUAGGUCUCUUUAGUCACAGAAGAAUGAAUAGUCUUGAAAUUUGAAGUCAAUUUAGUGAAUAGAUGAUAGGAGUCCUUAUAAAUAAAAACUCAAUUGUACCUGUCAAAUGAUUGUGCAAAGCCAGGUUGAAGAAAAUUGUUUUUAUUUUC